AUGAACCACCUGGCCUUCUAUGACUUUCGCUUGCCAGGGUGCAGCAUGAACUUUACUCGGCUGGCUCUGGCUGCUACAAUGUUGACUUCCAAGAAGCACCAUGACAACAUCAGCAAGCUCAUUUACAAGUCUGACCUGGACAAGUUGAAAGGGAAAGAGAAAACCAAGCUCCUUGAGCAGAUCUUGAGGGGUGGAUGGACACAAGCCAAAGAUGUUGUUGACAAAAGCCAUGCCUACAGUUGCUUUGGGAGGCUGUGUGUGAGGCUUGUUCUGUUUCUGGUCCAGAAGGAGAAGCAUUCAAGGGACGAGCCCUAUGCUUCCAGUGAAGACAUUGUAGAGAAGUUCAGUCAGGAGCUCAAGGGCACUUUGGAGCAUGCUUCUGGCAGUGCAAGAAUGACAGUGGCACCUUCAGCCAGGAACCUCCUGGAAGCAAGUGCCACAGAACUAGCCUUCCUGCAGAACGCACACAUCAAACUGAACAGCAAGCACUUUGGAAGGUAUCUUCACAAGGAUCAUGGUGAGAAGAUCUUUGAGCUCACAGAAGUUACAGAGAGCAGUGCCAGCUUCUUGCAACAGCACUUGUUGCCCUUUCUUUUGGAUCAGGACAGCCGACAACGAGGAGAAGGUGAGCAAGAGCAUUGUGCCUUUGGAUUACAAAGGCCGGAAGAUCCCAGUCCGACAAAACUCAGAAGCCAUUCCCUCAAGCCAGAGAGCUCCAUGGUGAAGGAACCCGCUUUGAAAAAGCAGAAGGCUUUCCAAGGUCUCAAGGUAGACAAAGACAUGGCUUCCCCUCCACCACCAUGGAGGACAGAAAGGCCUCUCAAGCGUCCUAGGGCUGCUCCCAUGGCACAGAUGACAGAAGAAGAGAAGCUGAAUAUGGAGACUUUGAGGUACUACUUGGAGAAGGACUCUUCCAAUGAUAGCGCUAGCACUGGUGAGCUUGUGGCUGAAGCUUCUGUACCAAGCCAGGAUGUGCUUUGCCUGUGCAUGGAGUUGAAUCAGUUUGAUGUUGUUUCUUGUCAAGUGUUUGUUUGUGUUGACAUUUCUCUAGCUGUUGCAUUUGUGCUCACUGCUGAGGAGCCUUCUGGGAAGAAACCUCCUUCAGCUCCUUCCAACAAGAAUGUCAAGCAGGCCUUUGUUCCAGAGAAGGCUGCAGCUAUGAUGGCUCCUUCUGCAAUGAACUCCAUUGACCACAAGGCAGCUUUGGAUGCUCACAAGUUCUGGACCUUCCACUUCUUGGAGCAAUGGAGGACAUGA